AUGGGAAACGUCGUGUCCGGCGACGGUGACAAAAAGGAUCGCGAAGGGUCGCGUUUAGUCGCGUCUGCACAGCUCAUGGCAUGGCAUGAAAAAAUGGCCAUCGCUGCUUCGGAGAAUUAUCAGCUCAAGUGGCACAGUUAUGGCGCGCAUCUGCACAGUUCUGUCGCGACGUUACUCCACUCAGAAUCCUUCGCGGAUGUCUUAUUAGCGACGUCCUGCGGCCGGCACGUGGCGGCCCAUCGAUUCGUCCUUGCGGCCUGCUCGUCGUAUCUCAGUCAUAUUUUUCAAACAUGUCAUUUCGGUGCGAACACGAAUGCUCCUAUAAUCGUGGUACUACCAACGGAAAUUGGCUAUCGUACGCUCAAGAUCCUGAUCCAGUACAUGUACAGCGGAGAGGCAACUGUGACGAACGAUCAGCUGGAGGGUGUAUUAAAGGCCGGUGACAUACUACGUGUCCGUGGCUUAUGGCGAUCCAACACCGGAAGCAAAAAGGAGAAUAUUCAGUCGAACAACCAAAAGGUCGACCGGGACAAACGAGAACAACCACCAUUAACCGGACAAAUUCAAAAGAUCAAGCUGGUCCAACCGACCACAGAGAAAGUCGUUGAGAAUGUACUAAAGAGUGUUGAGAAGAUCGAAGAGAAGAUUACCGAUCCGGAACUAAAAAAGAUGUUAGAGGAUAAUAAGAAUAAUGAACAGAAUAAAAAUAAGGAAAACCUGGAGGCCAAUGGAAAGAAACGGAAAACCACUAGUAACAGCGAUGUAGAAUCCAAUAAAUCUAAAAGCGAGGACGGUGAAAACACGGAGCUGAAUCUGGAACUUUUAGUGAAAGACGAACCAAUCUGGGAGGAAACUAUCGACCCGUCGGAGUCGUUGACGAUAGACCAUGAGAUUGAUAUCAAACCUGAAAUCGUACAUAGUGCGGACGAGGAAGAAGAAUACACACCAUUAACGUGCGAUAUGUGCAGUCAAACGUUUAAUCGGCCGUCGGACUGGGUGAGACACAUUGAAUUUACACACGCCGAUAUGACUGAAAAUCGAAGGAAAAAGAGAAAGGGUGAUGUGGAUGACGACAGCAAAGAUUUUCCACCCUUGAAAUGUGACCUCUGCGGUAACAUGUAUUCGACGCCUCAAGAAUGGGUACGUCAUAUACAAACAGAACACACGGAAGAACAGUUGGCUUUAAUGAACAACUCGGCGCCACCUAAACCAAAAAGAGUUCACAGCCACCAAAAAUUGUGCAACAUAUGUCAAAAAGAAUUCCCAAGUCAUGCGUCGAUGGUAAUCCAUCAAAGAACACAUACGGGGGAAAAGCCUUUUCUCUGUUCCUAUUGUAAAAAAGGCUUUAACGUUAAAAGUAAUUUACUAAGGCAUCUAAGGACAUUGCAUGACAAGUAUGUACAUCCCAGUUUAUACGGGAGUAACGGCAACACUAAUGCUUAAGCUCUUAUAAUUUUCGACUGUACACGUCUCUUUUUCCUUUGCUGAUAUCUCAUUUACAAAGUGAGCAUCACGCAACAUCCUGAUACUUUUCAAAUCAUGCUCAUAGACUGAAGGAAUAAUGUCUAUGGAUUA